AUGUUGCAGAAGAAAGCCAGGCUUGCUGCCUGCUUCCUGGAGCAAGAUCUUGUGGCACUUGUGGACAGGUUGGUGGAAGGUCUGUUUAUUUUCCAGCUGACUGCAGCAAGAGACUCAGCUCUGAUGGAGAUGGCAGCACAGAUCAGUGUUGUGUCCCGAAUGAACAACUAUUGGGACUCCCAUGAAGCUGUUUUGAAAACCCUAAAGCAAUGUUUGGUUACAGAAGUGAGAAAAUCAGUCAAAAACACUGAAGCUAUUGGAAGAACCCUCAUUCCUCGAUAUUUCAGUACAAUCUUUGAGGGGGGAGUGACAGACCUUUACUAUGUCCUCAAACACUCGAAGGAGUCCUACCACAAUUCAUCCAUCACCUUAGACUGUGAUCAGUGUACUAUGGUCACCCAGCAUGGCAAACCCAUGUUUACAAAGGUUUGUACCGAAGGGAGGUUAAUUCUGGAGUUUACAUUUGAUGACCUGAUGAGAAUAAAGACAUGGCACUUUACCAUCCGGCACUACCGUGAGUUAGUCCCCCGCAGCAUUCUUGCCAUGCAUGCACAAGAUCCUCAGGUGCUGGAACAACUGUCCAAAAACAUCACUCGAAUGGGGCUGACUAACUUCACUCUCAACUACCUCAGGCACCAUUACUGCAACCAAUGGGUUACUCAAUGGGAAUUCCCCUAUCUGAGGUGUUUGGAAAAAGAAGAAGAGGAUCUACAGAGGGAUGCCAGGCAGUUGUGUGUUAUAUUGGAGCCAAUGCAAGAACUGAUGUCCAGACACAAAACAUAUAAUAUCAGCCCAAGAGACUGUUUGAAAACCUGCUUAUUCCAGAAAUGGCAGCGAAUGGUGGCACCUCCAGGUCGAACCUCACAAUCAGCUGUUAUACCCUUUCUCCUACGUCACACCGCCUCAACCCCACAACCUCGCUCAGCGCGCCCAGCGCAUAACGCGGAACCUACCAGACAACAGACAAACAAACGAAGAAAGAGGAAGAAUUCAGCAAGCAGCACCUCAAACAGCAGUGUAGGAAAUACCAACAGUACAAACAGCAAGAAAAAGAGCCCUGCAGGGAACUUCAGUCUCUCCAGUCAGGUACCUAGGCUCCAACAAUGUAAUCGAGACCCACGGUAUCCUCCCUCCUCUGGCAGCAGCUCCAGCAGGGCUUCAUCCACGUCCUUCAGGACAACGUCUCCCCCGUGGUGGCUCCUCCUGAAAUGCCAGCGUCCUCUUCGCACAGUUCAACACAACGGCUCCACAUGACAUCCUAGAUGUCGUCUUCCACUGCUCCAGAACAGUAAUCAAGCAGUGGAACAAACACUAGAUUGCUGGUGGCUGGAGAAUUGAACGU